AUGUUUGUCUCCAGGAGAGGUUUCCUCUUGAAGACAUGUGGUGCCACCCUCUUGCCGAAAGCACUGGUUCCCCUGUUGAAACUUGCUAGGGCUGACAGUGGCUUUGACUCAAUUCAAAGCCGCUUUGAUUCUCCUAAGAAUUUCAUGAAGCCUUCUCACCAAGGGUACCCACACCGGAAUUUCCAGGAAGAAAUAGAGUUUCUUAAUGCCGCUUUCCCAAAUGGAGCAGCAUAUUGUAUGGGACGUAUGAAUUCUGGCUGUUGGUACUUGUAUGCUUUGGAUUUCCCAGAGAGUAGGGUAUUCAGUCAGCCAGAUCAAACCCUAGAAAUUCUGAUGAGUGAGCUUGACCCAGCAGUUAUGGCCCAGUUCCACAGGAAAGAGGGUGUUACUGCAAAGGAUGUCACUCGUGAGAGUGGAAUUGGUCACCUGAUACCAGGUCCUGUCAUUGAUGCCACAAUGUGCAGUCCUUGUGGGUAUUCGAUGAAGGGCAUGAAAUCGGAUGGAGCUUAUGGGACCAUUCACAUCACUCCAGGACCAGAAUUUUCUUACGUUAGCUUUGGAACGAACCUAAGUCAGCCCUCCUCUGAGGGCCUGAGCAGGAAAGCGGUGGAAGUCCUCCAGCCAGGAACAUGUGUGAGCACCUCGUUUGUAAGCCAGGGUUCUGAAGGUCGCACAGUGCUUCCUCCGCCUGGAAGACAGAAGGUUUUAAACAUCUUCAUUGCCGGAGUGCUAUGUUCAACGAUUACAACUUAG